CUUGACAGACACGCCUGAGUGUCGCGUGGCUGUGCGCGAGAUCUCGUACCUUCCAGCACAGCUCCUCUCGCCGCACCACCAACUUGUCACCAAAGAUGGCGAUUUGCUGAGUGCUCAUGGAUACACACAUUUCUCGGCUAGUUGUUAUCUUACCCGAAGCGCCAACUUUAGAAACAAAUUAACUGCUGAGCGAGCCACUAUUUCUCCCUUUGCAGCCCCUCUGACGCCACGUCAGUCGCCGCCACCAUGCAGAUUACCCUUAAAACACUGCAGCAGCAGACUAUUCAAAUUGAGAUAGACCCCGAACAAACGGUCAAGGCCUUGAAAGAGAAGAUAGAAGCGGAACGAGGAAAGGACAACUUUCCCGUCUCCGGGCAGAAGCUGAUAUAUGCCGGCAAAAUCUUGCAGGAUGACACGCCAAUUAAGGACUAUAAAAUUGAUGAGAAAAAUUUUGUUGUAGUGAUGGUGUCCAAGGCCAAGCCCGCGGCUGCAGCCUCACCACCAGUGUCAGAAGCACCCAAGCCCCCGGCACAGGAGCCCGGCCCCACCUCAAGUGCCCCCCCGCCGUCAAACCCUGCUCCUGCUCCUGCCCCAGCUCCAGCGGCUGUUCCCGCUCCCGCCGAGGAGGCCAAACAGGAGCCAAGUGCCGAAGCCCCAGAACCACAACAACCAGCCAGCUCCAGCGGUGGGAACCAGGGUCUGGAUGCCUCCUCGGCGCUGGUGACCGGAGCCGAGUACGAGGCCAUGCUCACAGAGAUCAUGUCCAUGGGCUACGAGAGGGAGCGAGUGGUGGCGGCGCUACGGGCCAGCUUCAACAACCCCCACAGAGCCGUGGAGUACCUCCUAACCGGUAUCCCCAGCAGUCCAGUUCAGGAGAGCAAUCCACCAGUGCAGGCCCCUGCAUCUGGACCCACAGAGGCCCCGUCUCUGGCAGAAGGAGAGAACCCGCUUGCAUUCCUGCGCACCCAGCCCCAGUUCCUGCACAUGAGGCAGGCCAUCCAGCAGAACCCCGCCCUGCUACCGGCCCUCCUCCAGCAGCUGGGCCGGGAGAACCCCCAACUCCUACAGCAAAUUAGCCAGCAUCAGGAGCUGUUCAUCCAGAUGUUGAACGAGCCGGUGGGCGAGGGCGGAGACGCGCCGGAGGUGGGAGAGAUGGGGGCCGCGGGGGAGGAAGGAGCGCCCGUCAACUACAUCCAGUUAAAAGCGCUGGGUUUCCCCGAGGCCCUGGUGAUCCAGGCCUACUUUGCCUGCGAGAAGAACGAGAACCUGGCGGCCAACUUUCUCCUCAACCAGGGACUGGAAGACGACUGAACGGGGGAGGGGGGGGCCGAGCGCUGCCUCCCCGCUCCUCCCUCCCUCACCUCUCCCCUCCCCACCCCCCCGUCCCCCAAGCUCAG